AUGACUGGCUAUGGCAAGGGGAGGAAGACGGCAAGAAGCCAGAAGCGUAAACCGCGUGGAAGAGCUUGGUACGAUCUGCGUAUUUCGUGGAUGGCAAGUGACACGAAGGAAGAGAAGGACCACAGAAGGACCACAGAACACAAAAAUAUUAUAACGAGCAAAGAACGAAAACUUGCAAGAACACAAGCCAGAUUCUCACGAUUAUCCGUGUUGCCCCAGGCAUGUCCACCAGCAGAAGCCAAGGACCAUGAAGGACCUAUAGGCCAUCCGUACAAGCUGUAA